AUGAAAAAAUCACGUCCUCUCUCUCAAGUGCCCAAAAAUUCAUCGACCAAGAACAAAAAACAGAAGGAUUAUCCGAUCAAGUUCAGAAAUCGCCAUGUUAGUUAUUAUAAUACUCGUCAAAGUCGAAGGAAUUUAUCUGGCCACGUAGAAGAUUUGAGGAGCACCCGCGGGCGCUCUGCAAGUCCGCAAGAUGUUCAUAUCAGCGUUCAAACGGAAAACCAAAAUGGCAGCACCCCCGGGCGUUCUGCAAGUCCGCAAGACGUUCAUAUCAGCUUUCAAACACAGAAUCAAAAUGGCAGCACCCCCGGGCGUUCUACAAGUUCACAAGAUAUUCAUAUCAGCGUUCAAACGGAAAACCAAAAUGGCAGCACCCCCGGGCGUUCUACAAGUCCGCAAGUGGUUCAUAUCAGUGUUCAAACGGAAAACCAAAAUGACAGCACCCCCGGGCGUUCUACAAGUCCGCAAGUUGUUCAUAUCAGCGUUCAAACUGAAAACCAAAAUGGCAACACCCCCGGGCGUUCUACAAGUUCUCAAGAUAUUCAUAUCAGCGUUCAAACGGAAAACCAAAAUGGCAACGGUCAAGAGAUUUUUGAAGACCAAGAAAGUCGUAUGACAGAAGAAAUUUCUAAAGUUGGUGAAAAAAUUGAAGAUGGAAACUUUUGCACCAUUUGCUUAAAUACGGGAGGUGAUUCGAAAGCUAAAGAACUUUAUUGUAAGCAUAGUUUUCAUGAAAAUUGUAUCAAUGAGUGGCUAAAAAGGUCAUACAAUUGCCCCGUCUGUCGUUCGCUUCCAGAUCGUAUAUCCGUUUGUUGCAUUUCACGCUUUCGUCAGUUUUCAAGAAAUUUAAGUCAGUGGUUCCUACAAAGCUAUGCCUAA